UCCCGGUCUGUAGUCCUGUGGUUUUUAGUCCGCCUCGCGCCGCGCAGCGGGGCGCUGGUCGCCACUUCCUGGAUGUCAACACGCAGCGCGCGACUCGGAUCCGUCGCGUUCUCGGGCGCGCCACAGAACGAGACUCCGACAGCACGAGCACGAAGUCGAGCCGUGUCCCGCGAACUUUUACACUUUAGCGCCGCGCGUGAGGAGUUUAGGCCGACUUCGUUCUCCUCUUGAAGUGUUUGGGAAAAGUUUGGGCGAUGCAAGCCAUCAAGUGUGUGGUCGUGGGGGACGGAGCCGUGGGGAAGACAUGUCUGCUCAUCAGCUACACCACCAAUGCCUUCCCUGGAGAGUACAUCCCCACCGUGUUCGAUAACUACUCCGCCAACGUGAUGGUGGACAGCAAGCCGGUCAACCUGGGGCUGUGGGAUACGGCCGGACAGGAGGACUACGACAGGCUGCGACCGCUGUCCUACCCACAGACGGAUGUGUUCCUCAUCUGCUUCUCUCUCGUGAGCCCCGCCUCCUUUGAGAACGUCAGAGCAAAGUGGUACCCAGAGGUCUGUGUGUGUAUCCAGAUGUGUGCACUAACGUGUGUGCGCUCCUCAGUGGUACCCAGAGGUGCGGCACCACUGCCCCUCUACCCCCAUCAUCCUGGUGGGCACCAAGCUGGAUCUGCGGGACGAGAAGGAGACCAUCGAGAAGCUGAAGGAGAAGAAGCUGGCCCCCAUCACCUACCCCCAGGGCCUGGCUCUGGCCAAGGAGAUCGACUCGGUGAAGUACCUGGAGUGCUCCGCGCUGACCCAGCGGGGUCUGAAGACGGUGUUCGACGAGGCUAUCCGCGCGGUGCUCUGCCCCCAGCCCACCAAGCCCAAGAAGAGGGGCUGCCAGCUGCUCUAAGAACCCCCCCCCCCCCCCCCCUCCACAGCUGGGCUCAGGGACCACCACACUGGCUUACCACCCGAGAACAUAGUAUAUAGUAUAUUUACCCGCAGAUUAACAGCAGUGCUAGGCGACAUCAUACCCAUCAUCACACCCUCAUACCCUUACCCUCUCACGGUCAUGGAGACUGAGGCCCAAUCCCAUUUCUACCCCGUACCCUUACCCCUCCCCCCUUCCCUUUACCCCUUCAAAACAAGGGGGAGGGGUAAGUGGUAGAAAUGGGAUUGGGCCUGAGUCUAGAUACUGACUCAUCAUUUGGCCGUCUGACUGUCAGAGAUACGAUGGCAGGUAACAUCUGAUUAGUUCAAUGAUUAACUCUAUAGAUUAACUAUAGAUCUAUAUUGACGUCGCCACAUUCUGUGAGUACUGAUUGGUUGCCUAGCUCUGUUGUUAAGGGAUUUAGUAUCAGGGAGUCGUGCAUAUUAUUAUUGUCGAUCAUACUUAGGGAUCAUUUAGGCAACACUGUAUUCAGACGGCAGUAAACCAGAUCAAACGGUUGAACCAGAUCAAACGGUUAAACCGGUUCAAAGGUUCAAGUGCACACGCGCGUGCAUGUGCACUUGAGUAUUUUCUGUAUUUUGAAGGUAAAAGCCGCACUUGGUGUUUAACAAGAACUCGUGCCGCUGCCCAUAAACAAUAUCUUAAGGUAUUUAUUCCCCAGGAGAGACGAACAAACGAUAGCUUUAGGAUGAGCUGUUCGACGUGACCCCAUCAUGUUCUGCCAUCGCCAGAUUUAAAGGUCCCAUGGCCUGCCACCAGGUGUGGUGGGAUUAGCCGUUACAAGCUGUUUUUGGAAAUCUGCCCUUUAUGACAUUUAGGUGGACGCCCACCUGUGAUGUCGUAUGGGGCAGUUUUCCAAAACGGCUUGAAACGGCUAAUCCCACCACACCUGGUGGGAUGCCAUGGGACCUUUAAGGAAAUAUUAAUAUUUAAUGGAAUGAAAGUCUGUUAGAUAAUCCAACUGCUUUGAGAUUAAAGCAUUGAGCUGUAGUCUAUGCGUCCUACCAUCUUUAAAAAUGUUUCAUUAAAUCAGUUAUUUGGUAGUUUGUUUACAUUCCUUUUUGUCUUUUCUAAACAAUGAACUAUUAUUAAAUAAUUACUCCACA